AAUUGAAAUAGAAAUGUGAAAGAGCAGAAAGCGCCGGAGCUGCAAUUGAAAUAUCACAAGCAAAGGAAACGAAGUGGGACGAGAGAGAUGCUCUCAAAUGGAAACCUUCAGAAGGGAUAUGCUCCCAGCUCUGGCUAUUAUGCUUAGAUCCAUCUGUCAAAAGCGCACUCUGUUAAGUCUCUGCAGAUUCAACUUUUCUCAGGCCACUCAGCUUCCUCCUCCCAAAGGUAUUGAUGAGCCCUCCAAUGGUGAACUCCCCGUGGCUUCUCCCAGAAUCAGACUCGGUGAUGGAAGGUAUCUGGCUUACAGAGAGUUAGGCGUCCCCAAGGAGAAAGCCAAACACAAGAUCAUUAUUGUCCAUGGAUUUGGAAGCUCCAAAGAGAUGAAUUUUCUGGCUCCCCAAGAACUAAUAGAUGAACUGGGUAUAUAUCUUCUGCACUAUGACCGGGCUGGAUAUGGAGAAAGUGAUCCAAACCCAAAACGCUCGCUGAAAUCUGAAGUACAUGACAUUCAAGAACUUGCUGAUCAGCUCCAGUUAGGACCAAAGUUUUAUGUGGUCGGAGUCUCAAUGGGAUCCUAUGCUACCUGGAGCUGCCUGAAAUACAUCCCCCACCGGCUUGCUGGUGUGGCUCUAGUGGCUCCUGUCAUAAAUUACCAUUGGCCUUCACUUCCUGAGAGUUUGAUAAAGGAGGACUACAGAAGGAAACUUAUGAGGUGGGCUAUGUGGCUUGCAAAAUUCUCCCCAACACUAUUGCACUGGUGGGUGACGCAGAAAUGGCUCCCCUCAACUUCUGUAAUUGAAAAAAAUCCCAGAUUCUUCAACACAAGAGAUAUUGAGAUUUUAAAGAUGAUUCCUGGGUUUCCAAUGCUUACCAAGGAGAAAUUAAAGGAUCAGGAUGUUUUUGACACGCUGCGACAUGACUGGAUGGUGGCUUUUGGAAAGUGGGAAUUUGACCCGACAGAACUAAGCAAUCCAUUCCCUCAGAAUUCUACAUUGGCUCACAUUUGGCAAGGUUUUGAGGACAAGGUUGUGCCCUCUCAAAUCCAGAGAUUUGUUUCAGAGAAGCUACCUUGGAUACGUUAUCAUGAAGUUCCAGAUGGCGGCCAUUUGAUUGUACAUUAUAGUGGCUUGUGCGAGGCCAUUUUAAGAGCCCUUUUACUUGGAGAAGAAAAUGUUUCAUAUAAGCCGAGGAUGUCAUCCACAUUCGCAUUCUAAUAAAAAGCCAUGAUUGUCCCAAGCAUGUCGUUUUAGGAUGAUAUCCAAUUAUGUACAUUACAUUUGUUGAUUGGCAAGUUUGAAGAAGGGAAGAAAAUGUCCAAUUCUAUGUAAAUCACAAUUUGUUUGCUAAAAGCUUCAUGUGAAAUCAUUACUAGUUUUGGGUAUCCCACUCAAGAUCAGCAAUAAGAAAUCCUCUUAAGUUGGCAUUCAUUUUUUC